GGAGAAGCAGCUCUUCUGACUCAGUGUUGCAGUCUACAGUCAUUCAAGUUCAGGCAAAAUGAACGGCAUUGUUCCCAAGAGCAAAACAAAAGGCACUGACUUCUGUGGAGUGAACAACUACUAUUAUAUAAUCCGAUCUGAUCUUGGCUGCUAUAUGCAGUCAAGUAAUUUCAAUAAAGGUUUAGACAUCUCUAUUUUCAGUCUGCACCCUGCCUGCCAAAAUGGAGACCAUUACCUUGGUAGUGGAGAUGGCUACUUUUACAUCAUCAAGGGCAAUUCCUACCGCAGAGUCAAGAACCUGACGACAAACAGCGAUGCUGUAGUUUACAGCCUUCAUCCCAACUGCCAGGGUGGAGACCACUACCUUUCAGCCUUUGGCAAUUUUUACAUUAUCUUCCAAGGAAAAGGCACUUACCGAAGAACAACAAACAUGAAUCGAGACUCGGAUGCUGUAGAAUACAGCCUGCAUCCCAACUGCAGAAACGGGCUCUAUUACUGGGGCCUUCCAAACCACUACUACUUCCUCAAGCCAGUCUCAGAGUGUGGAGUUGAGUACUACAAAGGUACCAACUUCAACAAAGAUGAGUGCACUGCUGUCUAUUCUGUUCAUCCCGAUGUUCUUAACUUCCUCCCUGGUGGGCUGUCAGUAACUAUAGGCCCAGCCUUUGGCAUUUGGGAGAAUAUUAAAACUCUAACUAAUGACAGCAAUACACCAGUGACAUGGCAAAAGAAAAUCAAUAGAAAGGUUGGAUACAAUAAGGAGAAGAUGUCCCAGAUCACGCACAACUGGAAGAUAGCCACAUCAGCCUCGGUUGGAUCUGGAGCCCUUACAGGGUUAAUUGUGAAGAUGCAGUUCUCCCUUGCUGCAGAAUAUGGAGGUUCUCAUGUCAGCACAGAAAAAGAAAGCUGGAACGAAAUGACUGAAGUGGAAGAACAACUCACAUUUGAGCUGAAGCCAAAUGAGUCUUUAUAUCUGUGGCAGUACAGACUGGGUCUUGGUAAAGAACAAGUGUUGUUCUGCCGUGAUUUAAAGAUUGACGAUGAGCCAAACCCUCCGACUGAAGUCCCACUGCCACUCGCACAAUCAUGAAAACAUAUCAGGAUGCUUUGACUCCAAGGAUAAUCAAGUGCUUCAUAAAUGCCUUAAUUAUAACUUCUCAAGUAAUUAUUUAAAUAUCUGCAUGCGUUGCCUAAAAUGAGGCUGGAAUUGUUUAAUAUAGCAAAGAGAUUUUUCACUUACAGUCAAUGUAACUACAAAUUACAACAAUAUUCAUUAUGGUAUUAUUGAAACUUUGUGUUUAUGUUUAAAAAAAGCUUAGAGAAACCUACUUUAAAUAUAAAGAAAUUUCUUCUUAAAAUCUGCAUGCAACCCAACUGCAAAUCUUUCAAUAUGGUGGCUAAAUUGGGCUUUUGUUAAGUUUUACAAGAAAAAAAAUGGGUGUUCAGUCUAUAUUAGUGUAUAUGUAGUCAUAGAUGAUGUCAUAGUGUAAUCGAAGUCCAUGAAGUGUUUGAUUCACAAGUCAUAAAAAGAGCUGCAUUCUGUACUCAUGCAUUUGGCGUAUACAUGUAAUUAAAAGCUUUUUAUUUUUCACAUAUUUCACUUUAUAGCAUAUACCAUUUGCAUUUUGCUUUUAAUAUGCUAAAUAAAGUUGAAUACUGCUUUUAAA